UCCUAUCUGGUUAUAGAUGAGGCACAAGAGUCGUACUGGGAUGGUUCACUUUGGGCAGAUCUUUUCAAGCGUAUUGACUGUUGGGUCAGCCCAUACAUCCUGCUCUUCACAUCAUACGGCUCACCAGGUAGGGGUUUUGUGGGCUUCAAUGAGGAGAAACAUAGAAAAACUCCUUUGAUAUUUGCUCCUGAACAGCAGAUAUCACUACGAGCGGAUGAAAACGUCAAAUAUUACAGCCCAUUUCGAGCACCUCUAUUGACACCAGUUGGUCUGCUGCUUGACAAGGAUGAAGCAAUGGAAGUGGUGGCACUAUUCACAAAACAAAUGCAACCACGUCCGUCUCUAACAGAGGACCUAAAGGAGGGACUGGUCAUAUUCAGUGGUGGACACAUAGGAUUGCUCAUAAGUCUCAUAGGCGUCCUACAUAAAGUACCAGAUAUUUAUGACAUUUUGCGGAAAGGCAGGAUGCUUGAUUGGCAGACUGUGGCUAGAACUCUCUUUGGUCGACCUCGAGUGCUCUUUCAACACCUUUCUGGUGAGCCAUUUUCUCAGGGCAUGCCUAGACCCAGGCAAACACAGUCAAGUGAUGCAAUCAGAGUUUUCAAAUGGGUUAUUUUUUGCCAUGGUCUCUUCAAGUUUGAAGCUGAAGAUGAAGAUUCUGGAUUCAAAGAUGCUCUUGAAAACAUUUGUCGC